AUGAUUAUAUGUUUGGGUCCCGUUGGUUCAGGGAAAACACUCCUUCUCAAAAGCCUUCAAAACAGCGGAAGCAUCGACAACACAACUACCGGAGUUCCAACCACUGGCACAGAUAUUUUCAACAUACGGAUAGAAGAUAAAAUAUAUCAAAUACGAGAAUUGGGUGGAUCUAUGGCACCGAUUUGGCCGAAAUAUUUUGGAGAUAUCAAUAAAAUCAUUUACGUCGUCGAUGUAUCGAACUUGUGCCAGAUUUCAGCUGCUUGUGUUCUGUUAUAUACAGUUCUUGUUAAUCCACUUCUGAAAAAUGCACCCAUUCUUCUGGUGUUGACUAAAAUGGAUGUGAGCUAUAGACAAAUGAGAAAUGAAGCUUUAUUAAUGCUGCAGAUGAAACGGUUGCAGAAGGAACUAGGGCCAAAAAUAACGAUAACGGAAUAUAGCUCUAUUACAGCAGAAGGAAAGAAAGAUAUUCUCAAUUGGAUAACGAAAAAGAAGUAGAAAAAAUACGUUACCUGUUAUAUUUCUUCGAGAUUGAUUUUUUCAUUAUAGGAAAAGAAUUGUUUUU